AUGGAUAAGAAGAUAAAAGCCUUCCAACUAAAGAAAAGGAUCGCAGUGGAAAACAUCAGUGCCCUCGAACGAUUCCGUGAAAGCUUUUCCGGCGAUGACGCCAAGCAAAUCCCGGAGGCGUCAGCAGACUUGGACAGGCAUAAGGACGAGUUUUUCAUCGCGAUAGCCAAGCUUGAAGAGCUCGACGACAGUAAUGAGGCCAUCGAAUUGUGCAUCAAAGAAAGAAUCGAGAUAGAAGGACGGUGCAGGAAGCUUAAAUCUUUCUUUCGGGAAAAUUUACGCAAGGAAGAAGUGUCGCUAAACGAAACGACAGGUUUGGCUUCGUCAACGUUCGCAUUUGGUCGGCCAAACACCCCACACUUACGCCUUCCAAAGAUCGAGCUGCCAACCUUCGAUGGGGAUCAUACGAAAUGGCUUUCGUUCCGCGAUCGCUUCAUAGCGAUGAUCGACGCUUCAUCCGAGCUUCCAUCGAUAGCAAAGCUCGAAUACUUGCUAUCAUCAUUGAAGGGAGAAGCGGCGCUUCCUUUCGAACACACUGCAUUAACAGACGAUAACUAUUCAGUUACGUGGGCACAGCUUCUAAAACGCUAUGAUAAUUCUCGGUUACUCGUGCGGGAAUAUUAUCGCAAGUUGCAUUAUCUUCCCGCUGUACAUGUAGAGUGUGUGGACAAGCUGACAAACCUAGUGGACGAAUUUUCGCGAUAUGUGAACGGUUUUGUGAAGCUGAAGGAGCCAGUGGAUUCAUGGGACACGCCACUCUCAAACAUGCUUCUUAUGAAGCUCGACCGUGCGACACUUUUGGCGUGGGAAAAACAUUCAGUGCAUUUCAAAAGGGACAAAUAUAGUGAUGUGAUACAAUUUGUGGAAGACCGUAUACAAAUCCUAAAAUCUACAAACAAUUUCGCGAGUGAAUCUGGUGAACGUUCGAGUAAGGUGGCCGGCUCCAAUCGUCCUCCACAAGCACGUAGAUCGAUCGCAAAUGUAGCAUCUUCGCGGUCGACACCAACGGUUACAUCAAGUUCCAAGUGUCUCCUGCAGUGUGCUGAUGGCCAUCUUCUACGUAACUGUCCGGUGUUCAAUGGCAAGGAUGUGCAUCAACGUCGUGAGUUUGUUUCCUCAAAGCAUCUGUGCUGGAAUUGUCUGGGUGAUUCUCAUCAGGUGAAGGCAUGCAAAUCGGACUAUACAUGUCGUAUAUGUCAUCAGCGUCAUCAUACACUAUUGCAUGCACCCGUUCAUACGCCUAGCUCAACGGUCGCGAUGGCUAUUCAAAACAAUGAUGGUAUGGUGUUUUUGGAAACGGCUCUGCUAUACAUCGUUGACGGAUACGGAAAGAGACAUGAAGCAAGAGCACUUCUCGACUCGGGUUCUAUGUCGAACUUUGUCUCUAACACGCUUGCUCGGAAGCUUCUCGGGACGACUCGCAACAAGGUCAACGUGUCCGUCGCAGGUAUCGGAAAUGCGUCACAGCUGAUGAAAGGUUCGAUCGUUGCAACCGUCGAAUCGAGGAUCAACACUCAUGCAUCUCAGCUGGAGUUGCUCAUCUUAGACUCUCCCUUUAUGCACAUACCAACGGCUCCAAUUGAUGCAUCAUCAUGGGAAAUGCCGAGCUUGCCGCUUGCUGACCCUUCGUUCUAUGUACCUGGCAAGAUCGACAUCAUCAUCGGUGGAGAUACAUACUGGGAGCUUCAUUCCGGUAAAAAACGUUCCCUCGGCGAAGGGAAACCAUGGCUUGUGGAGACUGCUUUCGGCUGGGUUGUCGCAGGAAAUGCAUCGUUAGGUGGUUCUCAUGGUUCGCAGCUAUGCCACCUAUCUACCGACGUCACGCCUUCACUGGAAUCGAUAAUGGAACGCUUUUGGGAGAUCGAAACAGUCGCUGAGGAUCCGAUACUAUCAGCGGAAGAGGAUGCCUGCGAGAAGCAUUUCGUAGCCACUACAACCAGAGAUGCAUCUGGCAGGAUCGUCAAAGUCAAUUGCUGA